AGUGGCGGGAGAUCUGAACGCGGGUCAACACUAACGGCGGCUGCAGAGGCGCGCGGUUCGCGGCCGCCAUGAGACGUAGAGGGCCGGAGGAGGAGGCGUGCGGUGUGUGGUUGGACGCGGCGGCGCUGAAGAGGCGGAAGGUGCAGACACAUUUAAUCAAACUGGGCACCAAAAUGCUGACAUUGCUUCCUGGAGAGAGGAAACCUAACAUUCCCUUUACUCAAAGAAGAGGCACUCGGCAGACCAGUAUUGCAUCCUUUGUUACCUUACAACCAGAAAAUCAGAUCAACAAAGAAUGCAAGAGAACCCAACUAGACCGUUUGGACCAAGGAUCAGAGGAUGAUUGCUUGGUAUCACCUUUGGCCACUUCAGCUCCUACAGACAUCCAGGAAGCUGGACAUUCUGCUCCGUCUCCCCAGACUUCAGGCUGCCACAGUUUGGAAACAGCAUCUCUGACUAUGAUGUCUUUGCCCCAGCCCGAUGUCCUGAUGGGCACUGGAGAGAGUAAAGCCCCCCUGGCUCCUUCCUUUACCCAGUUCUUGGAACGUUCUUGUUUGCUGGACCAAAGAGAGGCCAAGAAGAAAAGAGAAGGGCUUCAUGGAUCUAAGACAGACUGUGCAGUCAUGAGAAGCCACAUCAGACCACCUGGAGGUAAAUGCCAUCAGCCCUUGGACAAAACGGAAACAGGGAAAGGGGGACCUGCUAAAGAAAACAGGCAGGCUCCUGUGCAUCUUCAAACCUACAGGUUUGGAUCCUGCAGUAGGAAAAAACCACUAUUGGUGACAAAAAGCCCUUGUCCUCUUUCUGUGUUUUCCUGGGACAGUGAAAGGAGUGACAGGGACUCCUGGAGUCAGCUUUUCACCAAGGAUUCCCAAGGCCAGCAAGUCAUUGCCCACAACAUUAAAAUGCCUUUCCAGGAUGUAACCAAUGCUAAGAAUCAAGGCUCAGGGCAGUUUCCUGACAGCCCUCAGGCUCAGGGCCAAGAUGGGCCUUCUCAGUUACAUCUGCAGUCACAACUGCUCUUUACCCAGGACUCUGAAGGUAACCGGGUUAUCAGGCACUAGUUCUAGAUGCUUAUGUGAGUGUAUCUGGAAGUGGCAGAGAUGGCGGGAAGUAGGGUGGGGCUGGGUAGAGAGGGCUUAGGUGAAAGCAGGUGGGAUGAAGCAGCUGUGCUAUGGAACAUUUUCCGUAUGUAAAUAAAGCAGGCAGUGUGUGGUAGGCAUGCUGGCUGCUAUCAUGCUUUCCACUC